AUGUACUCAUUGUGUCUGGGCAUUCCUUGUAUCUUAGUUUAUAUAAUCUACUAUAUUUCAGUUUCAAAACCUCACGGCUGCUCAAAUCGUCAGUCUGCUGCUGCUAUAAUUCACGGGAGAGAUUCUGUCACUGUGGCAAGAUUUAAUGUUCCUUUCCAAAAUCAUAUGAGCCUCGGGGGUGGUAUUUGUACAUCCUUUCUUCAGCUUCUGUUAUUAAGCAGAAAAGGAGAAGCAAGAGAAAUUAUCUUUACUAAGACUGGCCAAAGCGCAAUUGCUGUAUAUCAGUGGAUUAAAGAUUAUGAAAAGUUUGAUGAGGUUGGAGUCAAGGCUACUUAUUUUAUCGGUGUUGGGCAUAACAGCAUAGUCAAGCCAAUGACUUCAGCUGAGCAAAGAGAUGUUAUUGAAAAAUUCCGUACUGGAGAGAUCAACUUAAUUGUUGCAACUACAGUAGCUGAAGAGGGACGGGAUAUAAAGCAGUGUAACAUUGUGAUCCUCUAUGGUCUGGUCACCAAUUAAAUUGCAAUGGUACAGGUAGGUGACUAAGAGAGAGGUUGUAUGGACAAUUGUAUAAGAGACAUGUACAGGAUUAGUAAGUGCCAGAACAG